ACUCCGGAACAGCAGGAAGCGAUUGCAAAAGCAAAAAAGUUUGCCAUGGAGCAGUCAAUCAAAUCAGUGUUGGAAAAACAAACCAUUGCCUAUCAGCAGCAACAGCAAAAGUCGCUUCAGCGUCACCAGGCUUUGGUUCUAAUGUGCCGAAUCUACGUGGGCUCAAUCAGCUUUGAGCUGAAGGAAGACACUGUUCGACAGGCAUUUAGCCCUUUCGGCCCCAUCAAAACGAUAAAUAUGUCUUGGGAUCCAACUACCCAGAAACACAAAGGCUUUGCCUUCAUUGAGUACGAAGUUCCUGAAGCAGCUCACUUGGCGCUAGAACAGAUGAAUGGUUUUAUGAUGGGCGGAAGAAAUAUCAAAGUGGGUCGACCGUCAAACAUGCCACAAGCGGCGGCUAUUAUUGAGCAGAUUCAAAUUGAAGCAAAGUCUUUUAGUCGCAUUUACAUCUCAUCUAUUCAUCCCGAAUUGUCAGAGCAAGACAUUCAGUCAGUAUUUGAAGCCUUUGGCACUGUCAAGUCGUGCAAACUCGCGCAAGCUCAAGUGGGAAAACACAAGGGUUUUGGCUACGUUGAAUACGAGUCUGAACAGUCAAUGGUUGAAGCAAUUACUGCUAUGAAUAUGUUUGAUUUGGCUGGACAGAACUUGAGAGUUGGCCGAGCAAUUACACCGCCAAACUGCUUUGAAGCAGCCCCAACAACUCCAACCUCAUUACCAACUGCGGCGGCCAUUGCAGCCGCUGCGGCUACAGCUAAAAUUCAAGCAAUGGAUGCCGUUGCUGGAACAAAUGGCUCUCCAAACAUUCCACAACCGGGACUUGCUUUCAGUCAAUUUGGAUCUCAGCCAGCAGUUAUGGCUUCAACUGCACCGGGACUGAUAACGGGUGUCACCAUAACUCCAAACUCUGCAACUCCGCCAAUUAUUAUUCCACCACCAAUGCUUGUUACCACACUUCCUUUGUCGAUCAAAAAUGCCAAUGCAAAUGGCAAUGUACCAAAUAACUCAAAUGGAGCACCAUCAAAUGAAAAUGUUGCCGAUUCUACCACAGCCAACGAAAAGGUGUUGGCAGUGAAAAGUGAAAAUGGCUCCUCAGCACUAGCUUCAGCGGUCGAACAACCUAUUGAAGCCAUUCAGGAAGAGGUGCAGACACUGCAGCAGCAGGAGAAUGUCGUCAUAAAAGGUUCAAAUGCACGUCAAGUGUUAAUGCAUAAGCUAAUGAGAAAAAAUGAAUCUAGAGUUGUUAUUUUGAGAAACAUGGUCGGCGCUGAGGAUAUCGACAACGAUCUUGAGUCCGAAGUGACGGAAGAAUGUGGCAAGUAUGGCAACGUUCGAAAGGUAAUCAUCUACCAGGAGAAGCAAUCAGAAGAGGAAGACGCGGAAAUUAUUGUAAAAAUUUUUGUCGAGUUUACGAGUUUGAAAGAGGCUAUUAAGGCGCGCGAUGCUCUCAACGGAAGAUACUUUGCGGGCAGAAUCGUCAAAGCGGAACUUUAUGACCAGAUAUUAUACGACGAUAACGACUUGUCUGGAUGA